AUGAUGAAGAAGGCACCGGCAUCGCUGUUGCCGGCGAAGCCGAUGCGCCACGUUCUGUGGCUGGUGUGGAAGAUGGUUAUUUUGGUGUCCAUCAUUCUCUGUGUAUGGGCUUUCUUUAGACUGCAGAAAUACUCGGAGUCCCCGGUCUCUCCUUAUUCAACCUUGCCUCGGAAUUCUCGAGUUUUCUUUGAUCGGUUUGAGGGCAAUACCAAAAUUGCGUUUCUAUUCCUUGCUCGGAGAGAUUUGCCUCUCGAUUUCCUUUGGGGAAGCUUUUUUGAGAAUGCAGACAAGGCAAAUUUUUCAGUAUACAUACAUUCACAGCCUGGUUUUGUGUUUGAUGAAUCCACUACAAGAUCUAGUUUCUUUCACAAUCGACAGUUGAAGAAUAGCAUUAAGGUAGUCUGGGGAGAAGCAAGCAUGAUUGAAGCCGAGAGGUUGUUACUUGAUGCGGCUCUUGAAGAUCCAGCAAAUCAGAGAUUUGUUCUCUUAUCGGACAGCUGUGCCCCUUUGUACAACUUCAGCUAUAUUUACCACUAUCUCAUGGCUUCUCCAAGAAGUUUCGUGGACAGUUUUCUUGAUAAAAAAGAUGUGCGCUACAAUCCAAAGAUGUCACCAGUUAUUCCACAGGGCAAAUGGAGGAAAGGAUCACAGUGGAUCACCUUAAUCCGUAGACACGCUAUUUUUAAAAGACGGCCGCCAGUGGAUGUCAGUAAAGGAAAACUGAAUCUUAAACUUCAGAAACAACACAAUUGUAUCCCGGAUGAACAUUAUGUGCAGACCUUACUUGCAAUGAAUGAUCUUGAAUCUCUACUUGAACGAAGAACGGUGACCUACACUGUUUGGAACCUGUCUGCUACAAAAAUGGAAAAUAAAGGUUGGCAUCCUAUUACAUUUAGCCAUGCAGAUGCUGGGCCUCAACAAAUAAAAAGAAUAAAGGAAAUCAGCCAUGUCUACUAUGAAACCGAGCACAGAACUGAGAGGUGCUGUAAUAAUACUACAUCUGUUCCUUGUUUUUUGUUUGCAAGGAAAUUUUCUCAAGGAGCUGCCAUGCGUCUUUUAAGUCAAGGAGUGGUUGGUAACUUUGACGUCACUGCAAUACUGGAUUCUCCACCAUGA